AUGGCAAUCAAGAAACACCGUCUUUCACUGCUUGAAGAACCACCCUCCACCUCUUUCUUAGAGGAAGAUUCAUCGAAAGAUUCUUUUGAAGAAGCAGAGGAAGCUCAAGCCAAAAACCAUCCACCUAUUGCUUUUAAAAACCCUCCACCAUCUACUUCAAACUCUAAUUCUAAACCACCACCAUCUUCUGAAUCCGAAUCUGGAUCAGAUUCUGAAUUCAAAAUUGAUUAUGAAUCAGAACCGAGACCCACUCCACUUGCGAAACCCCUUGCAUUAAAGCCACUUGCAUCGAAGCUGUUGAAGUGUUUGAAGAAGAAAGUAAACGAAACUGAAGAUUGUGGUUUUGACGGCGAAAAGGAAGCAGAAAUGGGGAGAGAAUCUAACAAGAAGAUGUCAGCUCAGAGACUCUUCAAAGAAGAAGACGAGCUCGCCAUUCUGAAGGUUUAG